AUGUCGGAAUCAAAACCAAAGAAAGUGAUAAAAUCAGCAUUAAAGGGUAGCAUUUCACAAAUUGAAACAACAGUAGACACAGUCGAACAAUCCUCCUCAAAAAACAUUCAAUUUAGAAUAUUUGUUGGAUCUUAUGAACAUAAUCUUCUAUGUCUUUCAGUGAUAUUAGAUCCUACAAACACAAAAGAACCUGUUUUUCAACCAAUUUUCCAUUUUCAAGCUCAUUCAUUGUCUAUUAAAACUAUCGACUUAGCUAAACGAUAUUUAGUGACUGGAUCAAAUGAUGAACAUAUUAGAAUAUAUGAUUUACAAAAAAGAAAAGAGUUAGGAACUUUAUUAAGUCAUCAAGGAACAAUAACAGCUUUAAAAUUUUCAAAAGAAGUCGAUUCAACGACAGAUUCCUCAACAAGUGAUAAUUUACAUUCUGGAAAAUGGCUCUUAUCUGGAUCAGAAGAUGGGAAAAUAAUAAUAUGGAGAACAAAAGAUUGGGAAAUUUUUGCAACUUUAAAAGGUCAUACUAAAAGAAUAAAUGAUUUAGCUAUUCAUCCACUGGGGAAAGUAGCAAUAAGUGUAAGUGAUGAUCAAACUAUAAGAUUAUGGAAUUUAUUAACUGGAAAAAAAGCAAGUGUUUUAAAAUUAAAAGGUAAAGAUCAUUUAGGUCAAUCUGGACAAUUUGUAAAAUGGUCAAUUGAUGGUCAAUAUUUCAUAGUAGGAUUACUUAAUCAAAUUUUAUUUUAUAAAACAUCAAAUGGGAAAAUAUUUAAGAAAUUGAAGUUUAAAUCAACUAUUAUGAGUAUGGAAAUUUUAAAAUAUAAUGAUGGUAAAGAUGAUAUAGAUGAGUGGUUAGUUAUUGGAUUAGGUGAUGGAUCAAUUGGGUUUUACGAUUUCAAAUCAAUAAUUGACAGCAAAACUGAAGAAGAUGAAGAAGAAAAAUUGUGGGAUAGUAAACCUGAAGAAAUCGAACCAAUUUUCAAAUUACAAGGUCAUACAAACAGAAUCAAAAAUUUUUAUUUUUUACAAUCUCCUAUCACAGACAAUAUCCCAAUACUAUCAUCAGUUUCAUCUGAUGGUAAGAUUGUAAUUUGGAAUUUAAAAAUACGUGAUCAAGUUGCAAUUUAUGAUACCGGUGAAAGAUUAAAUUGUAUAGUUUGUGCUCCUGAACAUAUUGAAAAAUUAGAAACAAUGAAACGAAGAAUUGAAGAAACUCCUUUAGACGUCAGUGAAUCCGAAUAUGAGACAGAUGGUGAAGAAAUUUCUAAGAUAAUGAAUGGAUCAAAAAAGCAAAAUAAAAAGAAUAAAAAAUUGAAAAAUAAAAAUAAGAAAAGAAAGGUUAAUGUGACAUUAGAAUAA